GAUCUGUAGUGUCAUCGGUAAGUCCAAAGUAGAAUUAAACUGCAUUCUCAAACCGACCUGUAAUUGAUCCAGCGACAACUUGAUGAGGGAAAUGGGCGAGGAUGAAGAUGCGUGACAGUCCGACAGCAACGAGCAAGGUAGGCGCUCCGGUUUCCUGGCGGAGAAGAUGGCGGCUCCUGGACCGGGGGAGUAUUUCAGCGUCGGGAGCCAUGUCUCUUGCCUCACCUGCUUGGGCCAACGUCUGCAAGGAGAGGUGGUCGCGUUCGACUACCAGUCCAAGAUGUUGACUCUGAAAUGUGCUUCCUCCAGUGGAAAGGCGAACCUCAAUGACGUCAUCCUGAUCAACUUAGCCUAUGUUUCGGAUGUGGAUAUCAUAAACGACCGCACUGAGGCUCCUCCUCCACUAGCAUCACUGAAUGUUAGCAAGCUGGCCAACCGGGCACGGACAGAAAAGGAGGAUAAGCUUUCCCAAGCCUAUGCAAUCAGUGCUGGGGUUUCUGUCGAGGGCCAGCAGCUAUUCCAGACCAUUCACAAAACCAUCAAAGACUGUAAAUGGCAGGAGAAGAACAUAAUUGUGAUGGACGACGUCGUAAUCUCGCCGCCUUACCAGGUCGACAACUGCAAAGGCAAAGAGGGAAGCGCUUUAAGUCAUGUACGCAAAAUAGUCGAGAAACAUUUUAGAGACGUGGAAAGUCAGAAGUCCAUGCAACGUUCACAAGCACAGCAAACACAGAAGGACUCUACUUUAUCCUCUUGAGUCGACGGCGAGAGUCGGCCAGGGAAGGCGUGGCGGGCCGUCUGGCGGCCGACACCGGAGCGGCCCUGCAGUCCUCGCCCUCGUUAUUGAGACGAAAGAGGAGGAGAGCUGAGGGCCUUUCGGUCCCGAAGAUCAAAAUACCAUUUAAAAGGAAAAAAAAAAAAAAACGAGAAAAAGACAAAAAAGAAAGAGGAAAGAUAAAAAAAUUAAAUUAGACUUUAUAAAGAAUAAUUUAAACAUGAACCAUAAAGCAUAGUUUCCUUAACUAACUUGUCUCAUUCUGCCCCCCCCUACCUCCUCUCUUCCUUCCUACAUGUCCCGAAAAGCCUUUCUUUUGCUCCCUCCUACCUUUGCCUUCAAUUCCAUUUCUUCACAAAGAGAAAACUAGCGCAGUCAGAAAGGCUUGUUAGCUUUAUUUUCUGUCAUCGUUUCCUUUUUGCUGUAUCCAUGUUCUACAAGUGUCUGUAUUUUCUGUAUUUUAAACAAAAUGUGACUUGAAACGCCACACUUUAAAAGGACAUUUUCUAAAAUAAAAGUAACAAAAAUUC